UCAGAGUUACAGUCUGACACGAGCCGGGAGCGCAGGGACUUCAGGAGCCGACCAGCUGUUACCUCCACACCCCCCCCACCAUCAAGUGAUGGAAAAGACGGAGCUCUUUCUGUACACCUUCCUCGUCUCUCACUACAUCUGGAACAUCUUCUUCAUCUCGUGGCUUUUCAGCAGCGGGACACCCACGGCUCUCACCAACUAUGGAUUGCCUAAUUGAAGUUGGGCCACCUGAUCCUGUUUGCGCCAGGACAAGCGAGCAACAUUAGAGCGAGAGAAGUCGUUAUGAGCGGGUGUGUAAAGAAAAAAAUGCUGCAGUUCCUGCUCAGAGAACUGGUGUGAAAAGCAGAAUUUCCUCCUCAGGAUAUCACAUCUCUGCGCGUAAAGGACAUAACGGAUUCAAUUCGCCGCCGCCUGAAAUAAUCUGUGAUAUGUUUUAGUAAUUAAGAGGAAAGCUGUAGUUAGAAUAGAGCUUGUGCUUGUGUAACUGCUGUUUUUUUUUUUUCCUGGGCUUCUUUUUUUUUUUCUUUUUUCUUUUUUAUGCACGCAUUCCAAUUGUGCACCGCGUUUUAGCCGCUUCACUGCCACAGACAGCAGGACCUGGAAUCUUUGACAGGCAACAGGCCACACCAAUCACUGUGGAGGGUUGUGCUGAGAACACUGUCGAGUCUUUCACUAACUUUCAGCACAACCGAGAGAGUUUUUAAAGCUGCACCAGCACAGCUAGAGUGAACCAUGGCUUUACCAGACAGUGGCAUCUCUGGGGAGGAGGUACCCUUCCCAGAGAUCAUAGAGCUCAACGUUGGGGGCCAGGUGUACAUAACCCGCUACUCGACCCUCACUAGUGUGCCGGACUCUCUGCUGUGGGAGAUGUUCAGUCAAAAGUCAACCAAAGGACUGGCGAGGGACACCAAGGGGCGCUUCUUUGUGGACCGGGAUGGUUUCCUGUUCCGUUACAUCCUGGACUACAUGCGGGACCAGCAGCUGGUUCUUCCGGACCACUUCCCCGAGCGCGGCCGUCUGCAGAGGGAGGCCGAGUUCUUCAACCUGCCAGAGCUCGUCAAGCUGCUGGCGCCCAAGAUCAGCAAGCAGAACUCCCUGGGUGACGAGGGAUGCCAGAGCGACCCAGAGGACUCCUCACCUGGGAUUGACACGGCCCGUAACCUCGGCUCCCUGGGCGCCGCCGCCGCCGCCUGUGCCAGCCUGGUGCCCGGCGCCAUGGACGGCAAGCGGUCUGGGUUCAUCACGAUCGGCUAUCGAGGCUCGUACACCCUCGGUCGCGACAGCCACACCGACGCCAAGUUCCGCAGGGUGGCACGGAUCAUGGUGUGUGGGAAGACCUCCCUGGCCAAAGAGGUGUUUGGGGAAACACUGAACGAGAGCCGCGACCCCGACCGCCCCCCUGAGCGCUACACGUCCCGCUACUAUCUCAAGUUCACCUUUCUGGAGCAGGCGUUUGACAAGCUGGCAGAUGCAGGCUUUCACAUGGUGGCCUGUAACUCCACAGGAACCUGCGCCUUUGCCCAUGAGCAGACGGACGACAAGAUCUGGACCAGCUACACUGAAUAUGUGUUCUACCGUGAGUGAGACUAUCGGCUUUGUUCCCCCCGGUCCCCUCACCCUGUCUCCAAGAGCCCUCCUCUCCCCUCCAGCCUCCAGCCAUCCUGUCUUUCUCUCUUUGAUGGCCUCUGCACCAGUAGAUGUACCGUAGAUGUUGUGCCCUUCCAUCUCUCUUUGCAGCUUUUAUCCUGUGAACAGUACCCCAACCGUCGCUCUGACUCUUCAUACCUUCUCUGCAGGUCCGAUCUGCAGCCUUCCCCCCUUCAACCCCAAAUCCAACCCCCUUCUUCAGCCUCAGGUCCAGCUUUUGCCCCCCUGCUUAAGCCACUGCUCCAUCUAGUUGUAGUCCCCAGUCCUCAACCACAGCAACCCCACAUCCUCUCCUGCAGAGACUGAAACCUUCUAUGUACUAUUCCCAUUUUUUGUACUCUCUAUAUAUUGCAUCUGCCUUGGUGAAGCACAAUACUGUAUCCAAGAGCUAAUUUUGUUAAAUAAGCGCCCCAAGUGUGUCUUUAUGACUACUGAACCAGUCAUAAGGGCAUAAGGGAAAGGGCUUCAAAGAGUUGCCAUGAUGUACAGUGCUAUACUUUGCCUGCUUACAUGAGCAGAUCGGACUCUCGCCUGCUCCUCUGAACUAAAUUACCAAAUAAUUGGACAUCUUAUCAGCCUUGAGGGACGUGAGCAGCCCCAGCACAAGAAACAAGUGUAAUCGAAUUUCCCCUCAGUUUUUAUUAAAUGUGUCCAGUACCAUGUGGUUUGGGAACGUGCCAUAGUGAAGUGUGUUCAGUCGUUGUUUUGAAUGAACGAGGGGUUAUAACGCAGCCACACGGACAGGAAAAGAAUGAACUUUUUUUUUUUUUUCAGGGAAAAGUAGAAUGUAGCUGCGUGGAGUUUCCUCUUACAAAGAGACAACAGCUUUGUGGCGAACGUACAAGCAACAGGCUUUGAUGAAAAACGAUGAAAGCUCAGAUGUCAAGAGAUCUGAAAGACAGAAAAAAAAAAGGUUGCCGAAUGAAGUGUGUGUAUUGAUUGUGCAAUGGAGCUCUCAGUAUUUUAAUCAGCCACACUGGGAGGGCAGAGGAGAGGGAAGGUGUUACAUCACUCACAGCCAAUUGCUCUAUUUUUUUUCCCCUCAUUGUGCUUCUUUGACAUUUCUUUCUUCAUAUUAAAGAGCAUUUUUACAGUUCCUGGGGACAGGCUUACACCAUGACUUCUUGUUGUUUGAAAAAGUUAAAAAAAAAAAAAAAAAAAGGUAGUGGUGGUAGUCGCCAUAGCGGAUCAUGUUUUGAGUGUUCUGUAAACAAUAAUGUUAUUCUUAAUACUCGGUUCAGCAUUAGUUGAAGCUGCUGCAUAUUUGAUGAUAGCUCUCACUUACUGUAAGUGAAUACCCAUGAGAAAGGGUAGGAUUACGCUGUAGCCAGCCAAAGCCCAAUGUGUUUUUUUCUCACCACUGUAGCAAAGAGCAGCGUGAGGGCAGUUUAUGGUGACUGGGUAUAACUUAGGUUAUAAAGGGGCGAGUUAAAGAACGAGUGUUGUUUUGCAGAUACAGCCUCAGGACAGGUCUGCACAUCAUAUACCUCAGACUACAAUACAAACUGAAGACACUUCUAUCCAAGAAAGGAUCCAGCAGAUUACGGGGGGGAAAUGCAGACGCAGUUAGGAAACGUGUAGAUGCUGUAAUAAGAUAAUGAGCAAGACGUUUUUAAAAGGUUGAGAGCCAGUCAGCGAGGCAGUGUAGUGCAGGAUUGCACCUGAGCUAUAAGGUGUCAGGUUGUAGUUCAGUGUCUGACAGUGACAAUAAAUGUAUUCUGAAAUGUCUAGACAUCGCAAUAUUGUGUUUCAGUGUGAUGAAGUGCUGUUGACAUCUGAGUCAAUAUGUUAGAGCCGCUGCAGUGUGUCGCUGCAGACGUAGGCAACACUGAAAUUAAAAGUGUCCAGCGAAAAAGCAAAUUUGUCAAAUAAAAGAUGUUUUCUUUCUA